AUGGCAGACUUAUUCGGUAGUAGCAGCGGCAAUAGUAACAAUCACCCCCAAAACCCAAACACCAUCAAUCACAAUAGCAACGACAACCUGGGACAUCAUCUCCGACCCGACAGACCACCGACAGCCGCACCCGCGACCACCACCAACAACAUCCAGUCCGACUUGUCUGCUCCCUCGGCCUCAGCCUCAGCCGGUCCCGGUCCCGGUGCUGCCACUGCCGUGACAGCAUCAGCCUCGUCCGUGUCUCCGAAGCCAACCAAGCGGUCCUCGACAACGACAUGCGUCACCUGUCGUGCCCGAAAGGUCCGUUGUGAUGGCCGCCGCGAAGUAUGCAGCAACUGCGACCGUCUCGGCUUCAACUGCACCUACGAGGACCCCAACUCCGAUCCCAAUGGUCUCUCAUCCGGUCCAUCCUUCCCCUUACCCCGACGUCGCGGCAUCGAGUGUGUUUACCGGGCAUCCAAACGAGCUCGCCUGAGCAUCCACCACGCUCCCCGUGUCGACCAAGCUGUAAGAUCACCGACGACAUCAUCCGCUGCAGCUACUCGCGAGCAGCAGGUGCGUCGGUCACAGUCUAGAGAUGAUGGCGCUCACGACUCCGAUGCCGGUGGGCCGGAAGUCAUGGCCUCCAACACCCCAAGUACUUUCAACCAGGAACUCUCGGCGUCUGAUCCCCAAUUCGAGUCGCUCAUCAGUCGAGCACUCGACAAUUUCUUUCGUCAUGUUCAUCACAUCCCCAUGCUCUCAUUCCUGCAUCGUGCUUCACUCAUGCAAAGGCACCACGCCGGUGGUCUGGACCGACCACUGCUGCUCGCUCUCAUCGGCAUCACGAGUAUGCUCACCGACCUGGGGCCAGGCACGAAAGAGUAUGGCGAGAAGUGUGUCGAUGAAUCCGAGGCAUUGAUUCUGAAAAGCUUGGAGAACCCCUCAACCAUCAAGGUUCAGACACUCGCCCUUAUAAUCAAAUACCGCAUCUUGACUCGGCGCUUCUCCAGCGCCUUUGUACUCGCCGCCACCGCUGCGAGGUUUGCCAUGGCACUGCGCCUUAAUCACGAGAACAACGACUUGUGCUUCUUGGCUCAGGAAUCAAGACGUCGCCUCAUGUGGGCGUUGUUCAUGAUCGACCAGGGCAUGGCCGGCGGAUACCGAGAUCUCACCUUAUGGUCUCCCGAGCUCAUUCACAUCCCGCUUCCAUGCAACGAGCGAGACUUUGAGUUCGAUCUCGCACCACCUUCGAUGCGGAGCUUGGUUCCUCAGCCCGACGAGUCCGAGAACGACGAUAUCGGCAGCCUCGCCCUUCACGUACGUAUCCUCUGGGUUCGCGGCAGGAUCUUGAAGUUUGCCAAAAGAGCGGCGGCCUGCUCCAACGACGAUGACCUGGCUCGCAUGCGUGAUCAGCUGCAAGCAUUUGCCAAGGAGCUCUCAGAGUUCGCCGAAAGAUUGCCCGUAUCAUUCCGGUGGUCCGACAACAGCUUGCGGUUGCGAGCGUACUCGCCGCGACUCUGCGUGUUCAUCAUGAUUCACAUCUGGUGGCGUCAGUGCCAUUGCGAUCUGUACCGAUUAGGACUCGUAGGACUGCGAGACUCUCUUUCCCGCACUGCCGCUGAACGGCUAGGACCCGACUUCAGCGCCCAAUGUCAACGGCAAUGCUUCGAACAUGCCCUGGAGAUGUCCAACAUGUUUACCUCCAUCAAGCAGUUAGACCACUACCCUGUAGCAGACUUGGAUAUGCCUGUCUGUGCUUAUCAGUGUGUCCGUAUGCUGUAUUAUAUCUAUCAUCUCAACGCGGAGGAGUAUGGUCUCGCCCCUGACGUCCUCCGGAAGAAGGCUUCGAUCUGUCUUGACGUCACUAAGGGUUGUUGUUCCGGAACAGCAGCAAAUGCAAUUCAAACCGAUUUACAGCGUCUCAUGGACCACGGUCUUUCAAUACAGGCCACGCCGAGCCGACUGGUCAGUGAAGAACCGCAUGAUGAGAGAAAUGGAACCGGACCGAAGCGCGUAUCGCGACUGGGCCGGGCGAAGCAAGUGCAGCUCGUGGAUGAUCCGGACAGCGGUGCGCCCGCUGCCGACGAGCUCACCAAUCGGCCUUUUGGCAUCGGUGCCUGGGAAGACAUUCAAGUCGUUGAGUCGGACAAGCCGGACGAGGAGAUGUUGCCGGCGCCGCCGCCCGCUGGACCUGGCUCCCUCGAGGUCAACAAUGCUUUCGAGGGCGCGUUGGAUAGCCUUGACUUUAACAUGGAGCCAAUGGGUCUAGAAUCCCUUGCUUGGUUCUCCAACGAGUGGUCUCAAGGAGACUUUCAGGACUUUCAAUGA